ACAUCAUUUUUAACUUUCUGCAAUGAAGUACUUAGUUUUGAUUUGCCUGAUUUUACAUUUUAAUUCUUUAGGAUUUUGUGAGAUACUUAACAAUUGUGUUUGUGGACAGAUAAAUUAUGAUAGUUUAGACCGAGACAUUAAUUCUAGGAUCAUAAAUGGAACUGAACCACAUCCUCACAAAUAUCCAUGGAUGGUAUCAAUUCAAUAUCGUAUUGAUGAUCUUGAUAAACCUUUAUGUGGUGGAACAAUUAUUUCUGACAGAACAAUAUUAACUGCUGCUCAUUGUACUGAAAAGGAUGAUCUUCGAAUUCUUACUGGAAUUCACGUCAACACUGAACCACCAGAAGAUCUAAUUUAUACCCCAAUUGAUAUAAUAAAGCAUCCAUCACAUGUUAGAGGAAGAUAUUACAUCACAUUUGAUUUGGCCAUGAUUAUUGUUGAUCGAACUAUUAGAUUCAGUCCAAUAAUUCAGCCAAUAUGUCUCCCAAAUGAUAAUGAUGAUAAAUUAUUUUUAAAGCAAAAAGCUAUCACUGCUGGCUGGGGUUAUGUCACAUCCUGGCCAGUAACGCAAAAUUUGCUUCUUAUGGAAACGGAAACUCGUAUUUUACCAGAUGAAAUUUGUAAAACUAAACUGAUGGCAAUGAAUGUUGAGUUCAAUGAAAAGGCUAUGAUGUGUGCUCAAAAGGAAUUUACAUCCGUUUGUUUCGGAGAUUCUGGAGGACCACUUUUUGUUGACUCUGGUCGAAAUCAUCAUAUCAUUUUAGGUGUAACCUCAUUUGGCGAUUUUGGAUGUUCACCAAGAGUUGCUCAAGCAUUUGCAAAAGUUUCCUCUUCUCAAACAUUGGACUGGAUUCACGAUGUUAUAGAACAAACUGGUGGAAAUGUAUGCAGAAAUCGAAGAUCGUCUAUAUUAAGACGAUUCUAUUGA